AUGUCAAAGGUGUUGGAAGAUAAUGAACUGGCAUUUGUCGACUGCACAACCUUCGCCCACAAAACUGAAUCGAGGGAUGACCUGCCUUCGUUGCAUUUCUCAGGAGCGUAUAAUAAACGUGGAAGGAAAGCUGGCUUUGGAUCUACAGUCACGGACAGCGCCGAGGACGAGCCGCUACAGCGCGCCCGUACGGUGCGUGCCUCGGCGUGCGCUCGCGGGCGUGUGAGGGCGAGCGUGAACGUGAGCGUGAGCGUGUGCGGGCAGGGCGGCACGCUGGCGCGGCGCAAGAGCCAGCUGCGGCUGGGCGGGGGCGGCAUGAGCCGCUACUCGGCCGAGGACCUGAGCGCGCCCAUGUUCGUGCCCGACGAGCCCUUCUCCUACUCGUGCCUGCCCAUCAGCCUGCGCGGCUCGGGGCUGCUGGCGCGCCGCAUGCGCCGCUGGGGCUCCGCCGGCUCCUGGAUGACUCUAAAUGUGAAUGAACAAGAACUAGUAUCCUUGGCUAAGGCAGAACAUGAACAUGAAACCGAGGCCUCCUAG